UAAUGCUUAACUAAUCACUAUUCAAUGAAUUCAACAAGUAGUAGUAGUAGGUACUGUAUCUGUUCUACUGUUGCAAUGAUAACAAAAACUUACAUUUCACAAUAUUCAGAAAUGUUUUUUUCUAUUGUAGCUACAGUGUUUACUACACAUUAACUCUUCAGUCUUUCUAUAAUUUCGCAUUAAUUCGUCAAUCAUUUUUUCAUUGUUAUCGGUAGAAAAUUACAAAGGAUAAUCGAGAUGAGUGAUGGAGAACACUAACUACCGUCCAUUGCCACCUCCUAGGAAUAAAGUUACUAGUAAAUGCACUAAAAAAAAGCCACCAGUACCAUUACCACGCAAGAAUGUAAAUGUUCAUGAUAGUGAUUUGAAAAAUGGUUCAAGUUUAAUUUCUUUAAAUUUUAAAGAAACAAAUGUUUUGUCAAAAAAAAAUUUCAAACCAGAAAUAAAAAUGGAAUCUGAAAAUGGUCUAGAGCGAAAAAAGUCUAUCAUCGAAAAUACUAGAAGUAUGAGUAUUUGCAUUGAAAAAUCUUUUCGUAGCCUCUUACCUAGACCUACACGACGACAUACAAUAAGUCAAACAUCUGAAGAUUUUAAACCAGACAUCAGUGAAUCUCCAGUUGAUAAUGACAUAUUUUCUACAUUAAGUUUUGACUCUCCAAUUCCAUCAGACAGUAACUCUGACCGAUCAUUCAGUAAUUAUUAUUCCGAAUCAGAUUUUUGUAGUUCACAGCCUCCAAAUUUUCCACCACCUCCUUUACCUCAAGAUGUAUUGUAUGAUAAGGUACCAAGAUCAAGUAAUUCUAGUAGCCAAUGUGGAUCAUAUUCUACAGAAAACAUAUAUGAACUUAUUUUAAUUGGACAAACAAAAUCACAAGCUUAUGAAAACUGGAAUCCAACAAGUGAGAAAAGUUAUAGCUCAAGUGAUACAAGUAAUAUUAAUAAUGAAACUAAACAUAAUAAAUCUGAUAAUGAUGAAAAUUUACAUCAAACCUCUUUAUUUACCAACAAAAAAAUACCUAAUGAUACAAAAUCUGUUGUAUUACAAUUUGAUCCUUUACAUAAUUCAAUUAUAAAUUUAUUGGAUAAACAAAAAGAAGAAGAAGAUUGCUCAUUACUACAAGAAAUCGAUGAAAUAUUAUAUUCAUCACAUUACAGUACUGUUGAAUCUAGAAGUGUUGUAAACUUAAAUCUUGAAGAUUUAGAUGAAAAUUUGUAUACUAUUCCCGAACCUCCAGAUCGCUUGGAUUCAAUUGAAGAACCUAAUAAUUCAUUAGUGUUACAAGAUGAUAAUAUAAAUAAAAUUAAUUGUAAAGAAGAUAUUCAAGUUGAACCUGUUUUUGAAGAAAAACCGAGAAAAAAUUCUUUAACAAGUUGGCUAAGUAUGAAACGUACUUUGAAAAAAGUAGCUGAUGGAUCAACAGGUUCAGUUAGAAAAAUGAAAUCAAUACUAAAACCAGAAGAAAAAAUUGAAAAAGAAGAUAAUUUAGAAGUGGAAAUUUCCAAUAUCUUUCACAGCGGUAUUUUAUUUGUUAGCAUUGAUGAAAAAAAUAAAGAUUUUGAAAAGAAAUGGUGUCAAAUAGUGGGUGGCCAAUUCAAGUACUCAACUAAUAAAAACCAAACAGGAAAUUCAAUCUCAUUAUCAUCAUUAUUGAGUAUUCAAACUAUCAAUGAACCUAAACAAAGUGAAGGAGAGGAUAUAUUUUGUUUUAAAAUAAAGUUUUUGUUACGUCCUCAAUCAAUUUUGUUUGGAGCUCUAUGUACUACAGAACGUCUUGUAUGGAUGCAAAAAUUCUUAGGAUCAGUGACUGGUUUAUUUCCACUUAAAAUAUCUUCUGAAUUUAGUAGAGCCGGUUAUGCAACAUUAAAAGAAGGCAUAAACGGUGAAUGGAAACAAGCCUGGUUAUUGUUACAUAAUAGAGUAUUAACAUUUGCUAAACAGACCUGUGGGCCAGAAUUGGUUGAUUUAAGAAAAGUCAGAAAUGUAGUGACUCAAGAAGAUGAGGAGUUAAAAAUAACUAUACUGGUUGUAGAUUAUAUCACAAAAUCAAUUUAUUUGAAGUUUGAUGAAGAUUCGGAAAUUUUGAAUUGGCAACAUAUAAUAAAAGCUGAAACUGUGAAUACUAGUCCACAUUUAAAAGAUCAGCAACUAAGUACAGAUCAAGUUCCAGUUAUCGUUGAAAAAUGUUUAAAAUUCAUUUAUGCUCAUGGAUGUUUGACAGAAGGUGUCUAUAGGCGUAGUGGUUCUUGUUCUAAUACUACUAAACUUUUAUCUGCAUUCAGAAAAGAUGCUUGGGCUGUACAAUUUAGCCAACAAGAUUAUUCAGUAUAUGAUGUGGCAAGUGUAUUGAAGCGAUUUUUUAGAGAUUUGCCAGAACCUGUGCUUACAACUGAACUCCACACGCAUUUUUGUAAUGCGGUAAAAUGUAAUUGUUCCGAAGAUGAAAAAGUAAUACUUUACAGAAGUUUAUUAGAACGACUACCAGCUAUUAAUUAUGUGACUGUUCGUAAACUUUUGAGUCACUUAUAUUACAUCCAACUUCAAAAUGAAAAAAACUUGAUGACUGUGCAAAAUUUAGCAUCAAUUUGGGGUCCAACCUUAAUGCACAUAGAAGAUAAUGAUUCACUUAACUGGUCAAAAGUAGAAUCUGAAGCUGUAAAUGAUCUUAUACUCUUGUAUCCUAAAUUAUUUUAUGUAGAAGAAGAUGAAAUAAAGCGAGAAGAUAGAAUAAUGGAAGCAUUAAUACAAUAUAAUUUAUCAAAUGGCAAUGUCCCUCAGCCAUCAAAACCUUCUGGAGAUUUAAAAAUUUGGAUUUAUCUUGGUUCAAAAGAUAGUGAAAAUUGUGUCAAUGUCACUUUGAGUCCAAGUAAAACCGCAUUGAUGAUAUGUGAUGAACUUGCAAAUAAAAUGGGAGCCCGUGGUGGAUAUUUACUUGGUUUGCAAGAAGUAGUUUGUAAUGGAACAAUGAUUCGUCCAAUUCAUCAUACAGAGUUGUUAUUAGACAUAGUACUAUUAUGGGCUUAUUGGGAUGUAAAGUAUAGAAAGGAAAAUUAUAUUGUUUGUCUUCAACCGAAUUCUUUACUUAUUGAAAUUGUACCAUUUGCUAAAGAACAUUUAACUAUUUGCGCUGAAUUAAAAUUUGCAGAACAAAAGAGUAAAUCGUUUAAGUCUUAUUUAUUUGAAAUAAGUGAUAGAAAAUUAAUAUGCUACAAAGAUAAAUCUGGAUCAACAUUAUUGUAUGAAUGGUUUAUUAAGGAUUUAAUUUGGUAUAUUGGAUUUGAACCUAAAAGAAACCCACAUGCUAGAUGGUGUAUAACAUUCAUUUUAAAGAAUGACCUACCUAAAGAACUAAGAGAUAAUUUUGGUUGGUCAAUUGCUGGUACUACUAAAGAAGAUCAUUUACGAUGGAUGGCAGCAUUAUUGUUAGCUGAAUAUGAAGUUAAUCAGAUUACACCCCCAGUGACCAUUAAUUUAUUAGAUUAUUAAAAUAAUUUUAACAAAGUAUUUUAUUAGGUGAACAUAAUCAUAAUAUUCUUAACUUAAUGAUUAAUGUUGUACUUACAGUUUAAUGUAUGUAACAUUACAAUAUUUUGUAUUGCUAAUUUGAAAAAAUCUUAGAUCAAUGUUUUCAAAAACUUGUUAAUAACAUAUAAUUAUUAAUGUAAACAAAUUAUAAAAUUGAAUUGUAUAUACUAUUAUUUCAAAUAUUAUUUUUCUAUAAUAUUUGUUGUAUAACACGGUCAAAUUAAUUACAAUAUUUAAAUAAUAGUUGAUAAAUCAAUUAUUCAGAAUUUAGUUGAUAAUCGAUGAUCUCAUUUAAAUUUACAAUAUGUUUGUAAUCCCGAAAGUCUGAAUUAUUGUUUAAAUAAAUAGAAUACUAAUCUUGCCAUUCUUGGAAUUCAUACUAGUCGAAUUAUUAUCAUGAUUUUAUGAAUUAUUCGAUUUGAUUUUUGUAGUAUUGUUAAAAUAAACAACAAAUAUUAAUUUAUAAUUUUUUAUAUAAUACAGUGAAAUUUAGGAACUAAAGUGCAUACCGAUAAAGAAAAAUGUUUGUAUUGUUUUUUUUUUAAAUACCCCAGAAGAAUACUCGUAUAUUAUACACUCCCAUUAGCAGUUAUUUUUUAUUUUCUUAAAAAUAAAUGAUUUUAGGUAACUAUAGCCACAAGUGUUUGUUUUACUGUGAU